AUGGUGAAAUCACUAUAUACGACAUUUGUGAGACCGCUUCUUGAGUUCGCUAUACCUGCAUGGCAGCCUUAUUUACAACGGGAUAUUGAUGAGUUAGAGAAAGUGCAAAGAAGAGCAACGAAGUUAGUUCCACAACUUAAAAAGAUUUCAUAUGAAAAAAGACUGAAAGCAAUGGGUUUAACAACAUUAGAGAAAAGACGAGCUAGAGGAGAUCUUAUACAACAAUACAGAUUCAAGCAAAAUAUAGACCAAAUAAAUUGGUACAAAAAUCCAAAACCGGCAUCAUCAGUGACUAGUUCAGGCCCGGCUUUUUCUGUAAGGGGCAAUAAAUACAGGCUAGAAAGAGAAUACGUACCAUCAUGUUUACCGAGAUAUAAUUUUUUUACCAAUCGAGUUUGUAAAAAUUGGAAUUUGUUACCAAAUGAAAUCAUUGAAGCAACAUCGUUGAAUGUUUUCAAAGCGCGAAUAGAUAAUCAUUUUUCAUAA